GCCCAGGAGCACAAGAAUAGACAGGAGCGACCAGAAGUGCCCUAAGGACACCAGCAGCCAUGGCCUCACCAAGACCAGGGCAGGACAUCCAAGAGGAAAUCAAGUGUCCCAUCUGCCUGGAGCACCUGACCGAUCCAGUAACACUAGACUGUGGGCCCAACUUCUGCCGAGCUUGUAUCAGUGAUUACUGUGAGAUCUGGGAAGAACACGGACCUUUGGAGUGUCCUGUCUGCAGAGCCGAGUUUCAGAAAGGGAAUCUCUGCCCAAACUGGCAGCUGGCAAAUCUUGUAGAAGGCAUUAAACAAUUGGAGUUAGUUCCUGGAGUUGAGGAUCUGUGCAUGAAACACAAGAAGGAGCUUAACUUGUUCUGUGAGGAGGAUGGGGCGACCGUGUGUGUGGUUUGUUGGAGAUCCCCAAAGCACAGAGCUCACUCAGUGCUGCUCAUUGAGGAGGCUGCCCAGAAAUACAAGGAGCAAAUUCAGGAUGAACUGGAGUUUCUGAGGGAAGAGAGAAAAAGGCUUGAAGACCUGAGAGUCAGUGAGAGUCAGAAACACCAAGAAUAUCAGGCAAAGACAAAGGCUGAGAGGCAGAAGGUUGUGUCUGAAUUUAAGCGACUGCACCAGUUCAUCAAGGAGCAGGAGCGACUUCUGCUGGUCCGGCUGGCAGAGCUGGAGAGGGAGAUUGAGACAAGUCAGGAGGAAACUGUCACCAAACUCUCAGAGGAGAUCUCCCGUCUUGACAGCCUGGUUAGAGAGAUGGAGAGAAAGUGCCAGCAGCCACCAAGGGACCUCCUGCAGGACAUCAGAAGCACAUUGAGCAGGUGCGAGAAGGGGCAGGUCCAGGUGCUGGGGAGGAUUUCCCUUGAGCUGCAAACAAGAAUCAAGAGCUGGUCUGAACUAAACCUAAGAAAGAGGGUUAGCCUGUUUCAAGACACUCUGCAGUCUUAUCUGGAGGAGAGCUCAUAUUCCAAAGUGACGGUGACUCUGGAUCCAGAUACGGCUCAUCCCUGUCUUGUCCUUUCUCAGUAUCGGAGAAGUGUGAGAUGUGCAGACACACGGCAGCAUCUGCCCGACAACCCUGAGAGAUUUGACAUGCACUGCUGCGUGCUGGGCCGUGAGGGAUUCACCUCGGGGAGACACUGCUGGGAGGUGGAGGUGCCAGAAAGCAGAUUCUGGGCUGUGGGCGUCGUCAGAGAGUCUGUGCGGAGGAAGGGACAGAUCCACUUUUGCCCAGAGCAGGGGAUCUGGGCUGUGUGGCGCUGCUUAGGUCAGUGCCAGGCUCUCACUUCUCCUCGUCCCACCCGCCUAUCCCUGCACUGGUCACCUAGAAGGAUCUGUGUGUAUCUGGACUAUGCAGCAGGGUGGGUGUCGUUUCUCGAUGCUGGUACGGAGGCUCCAAUCUUCACCUUCCCACCAGCCUCUUUUACUAGGGACAGAAUCCGGCCCUGGCUCUGGCUGUGUGGCACUGGAGCUGAACUCAGACUGUGGCACUGA